CUUUUUGUAAAUAAAAUUGUUUAUUUUGUUUAAAAAUUAAAACCAUCCAAUUUUUUACCUUAAUAUUCAAUAACAAAAUUAAGAGUAAAUGGCGGGUCUCUUGUUAAGUUCAGCGGAAAAAGUGUACGUUCUCCAUGGAGUCCAAGAUGACUGCCGUUCUGAUGGUCGUGCAAAUAUCGACUACAGGCCCAUGGAGCUAGAAACUGACGUCGUCAGUCAUGCCAGUGGUUCAGCUAGACUACGUCUGGCCAACACAGAUAUCCUGGUCGGUGUCAAAACAGAAAUAGAUGUGCCCAAACUAGAAAGUCCUGAUUUAGGCAAAAUAGAGUUUUUCGUCGACUGCUCUGCAAAUGCUACCCCAGAAUUUGAAGGUAGAGGAGGUGAGCAGCUGGCUAACAAUAUUUCCAAUAUGAUGCAGCGAGCCUACCACUCAUCUCAAGCAUUUAACCUCAAACAACUUUGUAUAUUUGAAGGGAAACAGUGUUGGAAGUUAUAUGUUGAUAUUUUGAUUUUGGAAUGUGGGGGUAAUUUAUUUGAUGCUGUGUCAUUAGCUGUAAAAGCUGCAUUAUUCAAUACUAGGAUACCAUUUGUGAAAGCGGCUCUAAUGGACGGAGGAAAUGUGGAUCUGGAGUUAUCUGAUGAUCCGUAUGACAGUAAACUGUUGGAUGUAGGAUCGGCACCAUUACUGGUCACAUUGUGCAAAAUCGGCGACAAAUGCGUAGUUGAUCCUUCAGCUGAGGAGGAAUGUUGCAGUGUGAUAUCCCUCGUAGUUGGUAUCACGGGUAACCCACAAUACUAUUGUGAGAAAGACAAAGCUAAAAACAUCCCUGAUGUGACGUGUAAAUGUAGUACAAUAAGCCUCAGUGGCCCGGGAAGUUUUGCACCAAAAACAUUCAAAGAUGCAAUCAACCAAGGCAUAACUGCAUCCCAAUACUUAGACGAGUGUCUGGGCAAAACUCUGUUACGAGAAAGAAAAGGAAUUGUUGGUCUAAAGAAGCAUUCCUAUGGAUUUUUAACAUAAAGCAUUCAAAAUUAA